AAAAUAAAAUUGUAACGUUGUCGUUAGGUUUAUAUUUAUAAUAAAAAAUGCAUAUUUCCAUACGAAAAAAUAUAUGUUUCUAUCCCUGCACACCACUGUGAUAAUAAUAGCUAAGGGGCGGUAAAUAUAUAAUUAUAAAUAGCUAAUACAAUCAGUGUAUUCUUUUAAUUCGAUAGUUGACUAGUAAAAAUUUCAAAAUUAUAUUAAGAUCGAGGUUUUUGUAAAAGUAAAUGAUUAAUUAUGAAAUAUGUAUAUAGUAAUCCAUCUUAAAGUACUUGAAAUUUUAAUAUAUAUAAUUUAUGUGAGGAAAAUUUUAAAUAAACCGGUAAACUUUAUUACAAACUGCGCACACUCGUUGAGUUAAGUAUGUUGCCUAUUAAAUUUUCGUUCCGUUUCUGUUUACAUUCCAAGUAAUUGAAAGUCACGUAGUUACGUAUGUCUUAGCUGUUUAACAGAUGACGGCGACCGAAUGGAGAGUGUAGAAAGCUUUUUGUCACAAACUUUUUAUUUACGUUCGAGGCUUCAUCGAGUGAAAAAAGGUGUUAUUGUUGCUAGAGUUUUCGUUGAUAGCUUCGUUAUAUAGUUUUCCUUAUGGAUUUCAGGAAGAAAAUGUUACUGUCGUUUGUUUGUUAGUGUCGUGAGAUAUGUCAAAGACGAGUACUGUAAAAAUAAGAAAUUUUUGGACUUUUUGUGAACGUAAAUUCUUACAGUAUGUGUUUUAAGAAGACUAAACAAUUACAGUGUUUUACACAAAUAUGUACGAAAUUGGUUAAUACUACAUAAUUCGGCGUCUCAGUAUUAUAAUAUGUACCCUCUAAAUAAAAAUGAAACGGUUAAUAAAUCUAAAAUAUCGUGUAUAUAUGACAAUCCCUGUGAUCCAAAGGACAGUGAUUACGAAAAGUUAUUUUGCCCAAAUAACGAACUUUCGGAGCCCCCCAAAGCUCGGUGCGAUAGAUUGAAGACAGGGUCCUCCUGUCAAGCCCUUAAACAUGCAGUGGCGGCUCUACAUCCGUUGGACGAUUUUCAUAAAGAAAAAAUUGGCGAGGGUUUCUUUUCAGAGGUUUUCAAGGUGACCCAUCAGACGACGGGUCAAGUAAUGGUACUGAAAAUGAAUACCCGUCAUUCGAAUCGGCGCAAUAUGCUCAAAGAAAUCCAAUUAAUGAAUCGUCUAUCGCACCAAAACAUCCUAAGACUUAAGGGAGUGUGCGUCCACAAGGCGCAAUUGCACGCCCUCACCGAAUACAUCGAUGGCGGUUCUUUACACCAACUCAUCCAUAAUAGAUCCGUGGAAAUCGAACAACAGACCAGAAUUGAAAUAGCCAGAGAUAUAGCUAGCGGAAUGGAAUAUUUACAUUCGAAAGGUGUCAUACAUAGGGACUUGACCAGUAAGAACGUCCUCAUAAAACAUCUGGAUUCCGGCAAAUUGAGAGCGGUAGUCGGCGAUUUCGGCCUUUCCACCGACAUCCCCGAUCCCAAAGAAAAAACCAAACUCCCGAUAGUAGGUUCGCCCUAUUGGAUAUCGCCCGAAGGUCUAAAAGGGAAAUACUACGAUGAACGCAGCGACGUAUUCAGUUACGGUAUCGUAUUGUGCGAACUUAUCGCCCGCGUCGAAGCCGAUCCCGAUUAUCUACCCAGAACCGAUAAUUUCGGUUUGGACUAUCUCGCCUUCUCGGAUUUGUGCGGACCAAACGUUGUACCUGAAUUUCUAACGCUGGCUUUCAGAUGUUGUUCCGUCGAUCCGAAAAGCCGUCCCACGUUCAAGGAAAACUUCCAAGCCCUCGCCGAUUUAUUGAACGACAUGAAGUUAGCCGAAGAUAAGCGAUUGCGGAUGGCGAAUUGCGCUGCCAAAAGCGAAGAACAACUUACCGUGGCAGCGAACGCUGCGGCGAACGCGUGCGCGCCCCAACAUCGAAAAAUCGUCCAUCGACGGUCCUUCUCCGAGGACACCUCAUUAUUAUCAUUGUCGUUUUCGACGCCCAGCGAUAAAGCUCGUCGUCACGCGUUGCUAAUGUGCCGACAGGAUCCUCAUUACAAGCCGAGCACAACGAACCCGUUCGCCGGGCUCGCGCAAUUCCAAGGCGUCAAAAAACUCUUGGGUAAUUUUUCAUCGUGUUGCGAAAUGGCCUGUCCAUUAACCGAAUCGAAAGAUAGUCCGAAAUCGUUGCCGGGUUCGCCGACGUCGUCCCGUAAAGCACAAACUAUACGUUCGCCUUUAUUCGUCCAUCCGAUGUACAAAGGCGGUUCCGGUUCCAAUUUGUCCGAAUUGACGGCCGAAACGUCGGCGGGUUUGUUGAGGCGAAGGGGAUCUUGCGAAUCGGGUUUCUAUUCGAGUGUCGGGGAGUGUUUAUCGCCGAAUAGUAUGUGGGGUGAUAGUACGGCGGUUAGUUCGCUUAGAUCGUUGGACGAAUUAGAACACGCCGAAUUACAAGCGCUCUGUAAACGCGCCUCGUCUAUAUACACCGAUAGCAGCGAGGAUAUUUCUAGUUUGACGAGUUGCGAUUGGCAGAACGAUUUGAAACCGAAUAUAUCGUCGAUUGUUGAAUAUUUCGAACGUAAAGGUACCAGUUUACGUCAUCCGGGCGGUUCGCAAUUGAGUUCCAGGAUAGCCAGUCUGAGGAGGUCUUUGGAGAAACAUAAUACCGGAUCUACGUGUACGGCUAGUACACAUUUGGCGUUGCAGCGGCCUAAAUGUUCCAGAUUAGUUAUUUGCGAGGGGGCGGUUAGAUCUAAGUUGCCUUUGUUCGAUAAAAAGUAAGCCUGGAUAUGUGAAUGUGCGUUUCUGUUGGAUACAUUUACAAAAAAAAAAAUAUUUCAACACUAUAUAUAUAUAUAUAUAUAUAUAUAUAUAUAUAUAUAUAUAUAUAUAUAUAUAUAAGUACAUAUAUUUUUCUUUCUUCUAGUCAAAUGGUAUCUAAAGUUCGAAGGCCUAAGUGGUGAUAAAUUUUUGGAAAAAAGAUUUAUAUUUUUACCGAAUGUUGUACAUAAUCGAUUACGGUGGAAUUGCUCUUAAUUUAUGAUUCUCCUUCUUUUUUUUAAUAAACAUACGACUAAAUCUAUCGUUAAAAUAAUUUCUGUAUAACCGAAUAAAUAUUAAUCGUAAAAAUAUUAUAAUACUCACUUUCGAUCACCACAUUACCCCAAACUAAUAUAAAAUAUGAAAAAUCUACUUUGAAUUUUAAUUUCUUAAACGAAUUUAUUCAUUUUUACAAUUUUUGAUUAUAAUCAAUAAGGAUCUUGAUUAAUUAUUUCUUGGUUACACAAUAUAUUUAACUAUUUCCUUGUUAAAAAAAAUAAUUCAGUUCUUUUAACUAUUUCACACAAUUUUGACAAAUAUUUCAUCAAAUUAUAUUUUCAUUGAUAUUAUAAUUUAUAUUUCUUGAAAACUAUCAAACACAAAAGUUAUUUACAUCAGUUUCUGGUUAUUAUUUCACCUUUGGAGUCACUCAAUAUAUUCCACACAAAAAAAAUUUAUUUAUUGAGGUUAUUUUCUUUAACUUACUUCAGUAAGUUCAGCUAGAUCAAAUUCUACACUAUAUUAACUCCAAUUAUUGAUCUAAUUGGAUUUAUUAUCUCAAAGAAAAAUCAAUUCGAUACUACAAUAUGAUUUAGUUGAGUUUUUUGGAGAUAAUUACCCCUUAUUUUCCUCAACAAUAUCAACUCUUCACUAUAUUAGCUCCAGUUGAACUUUUUUAAGGUUAUUACCCCUUAUUCACCUUAAUAAUAUCAAUUCUAAACUGUAAUAGAUUCAAUCAUCGAUCAGCUUUACACUUGACAAGCUUCAUUUAUUAACCUAGUUGAUCAUUUUAAGGUCAUUACCCCUUAUUCACCUUAAUAAAUUCAACUCCUCGUUAUAUCAGUUCUAAUUUAUGAUCUAGUUGAGCUUUUUUAAGGUCAUUACCCCUUAUUGACCUCAAUAAAGUGAACUCUUCUAUAUAUUAGCACCAAUUAUCAAACUAGUUGAAUUUUUCGAGGGUUAUUACCUUAAAACCAAAAAGUUUAUUACCCCUUUUGUUUCACAAACUAAGAAGCGGUACAUGUGUCGUAAUGUAGUGAUCAAAGUGACAGUAUUAUAAGUUAUUAUAUGACUUAAGACCCUCCUCAAAAACCCAAAUCAGAUACUUUUUUAAAUAGGUUUUUGUUUAUUGUGAAAUUUAUCUAUCGUAGUUUUCAAAUUCUAUUUCAUUUCGCAAACUAUCUUUGAAAAUAUUCACCCUUAACUGAAAGUUGUUAAGUUCAUUUAUCUUUUAAUAAAAUCAAAAUUUUCAACUAUAGUUUCACUUUUUUCUUUCCUAAUUUUGAGUCGUAUUUCAUAUUUAGGAGCAAUUUAAAAUUGGACUAAAAUAGUCUCAGCUAUUAUGGAUUUUAUCUUCAUGGGAUUGAUUUUUGUAAAACAGAAUUAUUCGAAUGAGUAAAUAGCCGGGUAGCUUUCUAACACUCAUAUUUUUAAUCAAUUGCAAGUGUGACGGAAUGGUGUAACUUUUUAAAAGAGCCUGUAUACCAGUUAAUGAAAUUUUGACUUAAGCAAUACUAAAAAUAUAGGAAAUAUUAAAGACUGACUUCUUUGAAGUUAAUGAGGUUGUUGUUUGUUGAAAAUAAUAUAGAAAAUAUUCAAAAAAAUAUAAUUUUAUUAAAUUAAUAGGUUAAAGACUCCAGCAGCUAUGAAAGUCAUUCCUGUAAGUCGUUUUUAUGAAACUUUCCAAGGAGAGACUUUUUAUUGCUCCUUACAAUUAAUGGAUUUGAUUUUUAAAAUUUUUGGUAAUUGUUUAGAACUCACCAAUACUCGGUUGUGUACUUUUUUAAAAAAACUUUUAUUUACAAAGAAAAUAAUACAAAUUUUAGUUCUGUUUUAUAAUUUCGUUACCGCACUUUUACUUUCUUGGUUAGGUCACUUUUCUUCUUUUUUUUUCUUCGAAUUCAAACAUCUGUCUUGUAGUUCGCCAUAGAAAAAUAAAAACAGAAGAAUCAAUAUUAUUUUUAUGAUCUUAGAACUGAAAUUUAGGGAAAAAUAUUUAAACUGAUUAACAUCACUGAAACAGUUAGUACCUAUUAACUGUAAGUAUUGUAUUGAAUAAUGAAAAAUUAAUGAAAAGUAUGUCAAAUGUUAUUAAAAUAACGAAAAUGGUAAGUAUAAGUUUGCAUUUCACCCUUUUAUUUCGUAAUACGGGGGGUGCAUCAAAAGUAUGGUACAAUAGAACUGUAAGAAACACUGCUUGUUAUAACUAAAUACUUUUGAUACCAAUAAAAUAUUUCAAAUUUGUACGUUCCAGAAGAAUAUGUUGAAUAAAAGUCUUUUUCUUCUGCACUUUUAUCAUAUUGUGUAUUCAAAAUUAAAAUUUGACAGGGGAUAACACAAAUUUAGGAUCAAAACAAGAGUUACAUAAAAAUAUAUGGUCGGAUUUCUAUCUCUGGAGUCUUUAAUCGAUAUUUUGCAGGUGGGACGUAUUUGGUGAAAUUUAGAGCAGUUUUUGAAUCGUAAAAUGAAAUUUAUUAAUAAAAAUUUCAAAUUUGAACGAAUACUUUUUAUAAAAUUGUUGAUUACAAACAAAUGCUCUCAAUUACCAGAUUUAUUUCACUUUACAAUUUUAGUUUUAUUUAUAAAUAUAUAUACAGGAUGAUGACAAUAAAUCUUCCUGUGUCGAUUUACUUGUAUAAACUUGUACAUUGAAGUAUUAAAAAAAUUAUAUAUUUAUUAUUGGUUCUAGUAUUAUAUGCAAGGAAAGUAAUAAAAUGAUACUUUAGUAAUAUUGUAUUGUGUAUUAUGUUAAUUCAAAUGCUAACAGGGUGUAUCAAACUCGACUUUGUUCACAAAAUUUCUCAUUUUUUUAAAACUCCCAAAUGUCAGUAGGUCUGUGAAUCGCACUGAUUAACAUUUCUGUUAUUUAGUGACACCUACAAGAGAUUCAAUAAUUCUCCUCUUCUGCUGCUGUUAUUAGUUGUUUUGUGGUCUACUCUUGAAAUACUCUCUGUAUUAUAUGACCUUAAGCAGCUAAUGUAAAGUGCCGAUAUGAUCAAAAAAUUGUAAUAAUAGACAAUUUUUACCCCUAAGACAUGCCUUGUACCCAUUUCAAAGCUCUACUUAUGACAAAGCAUUUAAAUUCUCUCCUCUGUUGGUCAAAACUGCAGGAAAUAGGAAAAACGCUAAGUUAUUUCGCUCAGCACGCAAUGAACAAUUCACAACUCAUCAAUUUAAAAAUAAACAACUAGCAAAUGUUUGCCAAAGCAACAAGUAUUAGAAGGAGAUUGUAUGCCAUCCAGCAAAGAUGGCCGAACCGUCAAUGACGUCAUUCUGGAUUGGUCUAUUAGUAUUUGGUGUUCAAUUAUCGAGUACCUUUUAUUUAGGAUAACAAAUACAUAAUUUGUGGUUGUGUUCCAAAAUUUGACACUUGACCUAAUCAAAAUGUGUUCCAAUUAAUUCUCGUGUGUCAAAUUAAUCAUAUUGACAUUGACGUACGUCAAACUUGAAAUUAAUUAGUAAUCGUACGUAAAUUUUUCUAACUCAUUUAGUACUGUUAAUAUUUCAGUUAUUAAAAAUUCAUGAUAAAAAUAUUUAUUUUGCUCGAAUUAUAAGAAAUAUGUUUUGAUUGGUUUUAUUUACUGUUUUGAAGUCAUCAAUAAAUGUGAGUGUGUAUAAGAAGACUUUGGAAUAUGUACGAUGAGAUUGAACAAAUUCGUUACUAUUUCUAAGUAGUUAAAUUGAAUCUAAAGAAGGUAUAAUGGUUAUUUCAGCAAAAUAAAGACACCAAAAUAACUGAAUUGAGUUAUACCAGGGAUGUUAAAAAGGUAAAGUUAAAGCUCACUGUAUUUUCACUUAUAAUUUCGAUGAAAAGUUUUCAUUUCUGCUGAAAGUUGUGAUUUUUAUGAAAAUUUUCAUUUAUAUAAUGUCACUAUCAUUGAAAAUAUGAAUGAUAAUUAAGAUGACUGCUGGUUAUAGAUUAUAACUACUAUGAUUUUAAUUACCUUCUUUUGAUUUAAAUAACAAGUAUGACUCGCACUUCUAAUGGAAAAAUUGGGGUUUGAAAGAUAUCGUAAGUCGUGUCAAUAUUUGUGUAAAAUUUACAAUAAUUUCUACUAUUCAGUGAAACCACAAUUCAGGACCAAAGUUCCUAAAGUGGUCCAGGGGUCCACGGUACACUCGACGGGGGUUUAAGUUGAUCGUGGCAAAAAAUGGGGGUCCAUGAAAAUUUAUCUUUCAAUAGUGAAGAACUAAAAUGUUGGCUUGACUUUUUCAACGAUAUAGCCAGAUAAUAUUUAUUUAAAGAAGCUCAGCGACUUGCAUAUUCCAUAUACUAUAUUUCUUUUUACCACUCCGAAUGGCAAGUCUUCUAAAUAAAAUUUGAUUGGAUCUUUUGCUAUGAGUCAUUGUGGAUUUCUAAAAAGUAAAAUUGGAUGGCAUCCAACUCUACUUUUUCGAUAUCUACUAAACACAAUCAAUUGAAAAUUUGUUUCGUUGAUUUUAUUAUAAAACAAUUAACCCUAUAAAGCAAUCAAUUCUAACCUUUUUUUUUUUCGAAAACUGUUAAUUCGUUGUUGAAACUCAGUUUCAAUAGUUAGAUCUAAUCUUCUGGAUCCAGCAAAAUUUUGAAAGUUUGGAAACCAAUGAUUUAAAUAAUAUGAAUAAAUUCACCUUGUCCAUACUUUUCAUUUUUACGUGAUGUUACUUUUUAUCAAACUUUUAAAAAGAACAUUGUUCUCAAUUGUAUUUAGUUUUUCAAUUUGACGUAUGUAGAUUUUGUAACAAAAAGGAUUUUAAAAAGAUAUUUACAUUAUAACUGACAGUAGCACAGCAAUUUUUAUUGAUUUAAUCUCAUACUUUAUACCAAACUCAGUACUUAUCAUUAUCUUUUCUGCUAUUUAGUUUAAGGUAUUUUAACUAAUAUUGGUCAUAAUAAAAUAAAUUCCAAAUCAACACCAGUAAUGAAAAAUUUCAACUUUCAGGCAAUAGAAAUGGGUCUUAACUAAAAAAGGUUGUUUAACAAUACCUUUGCAAUGUGAUUCAUAGUGUGUCUUAUUACAAGCAUUUGCAGAUUUUGUAAUUGCAUUUGAUGCUUUUAUGCUGCUAUUCUAGGGAUAAAUUUAGUUACCUUCAGUUCAAUAACCAACCAAAUGCCUCUUUCUAAAACUAACAUUUUCCUUUUCUCUGGUAUAAAUAACCCCUUUGAUGAUUAUUGAAGGUGAAAUUUCUUUGCAAAUUUUUGUUUUUUCUUUCUACUAUGACCAAAUGUAUAAAUUACUCCCUGGAAAGUAAGCACCCGAAGACAAAACGGUUACUUUUUGGCCUCAUAUGUUUUUUCAUACAUUUCCAUCUACACCGAUGGCUUUUUUUGAUUUUCUAUAUUAAAAUCAGUGUUUAGAAUUUAUAUUCCAAAGUCAUAUUAUGAAAUCUUUGUUUCUCAUAACUAUAUUUUUAUUACGUAACAUAAAGGGGAUUGUAUAUUGAAAGUAUUGACCCAGUGAUAAAUUCAAACAAAUAUUUAGUAUAAAAAAAUUGCUUUUUAUAUAAUCCUUUUUGUUACUAAACUUUUAUAUAUGUUACUGAAAAAUAAAAUUAGUAAUAAUGAUGCAAUCUACGGGGGUAUGUUUGUAAUCUUCCAUAAUGUCUUUGUCAACAUAAGUAUAAAUUUAUCUAGAAAUAAAAAGUGAUUUUUGAUUA